AUGGCAUCUCUGCCAUCCUCUUCCCAAGAUCUCGUUGUCUUGACUCCGUCAUCGCCAUCUGAGUUUGCCAGUGCCAUUACCAGUCGAUGCUACAAUGCCAAACGUCCCGCACGCGACUGUUACCCUGACAUCAUUUUCCAAGCCAAAUCCGUAGCGGCCGUGCAAACAGCUGUCCGGUAUUGUGUUGACCGAAAGUUGAAAAUUUGCGUUCGAUCGGGAGGACACAACUGGGAAGGUUCCUGGUUACAGGGAUCGGGAACGGCUCUACUAGAUGUCGGUGAUUUGAAUUCCAUCGAACUGCACCAGGCAGAUAAAUCCGUCCAUGUGGGGCCGGGUGCCACGGGCAGUGCUAUUGUCCAAGCUUUGGCUCCUCACGACUUGUUCUUUCCAGGUGGUCAUUGUGAUGGAGUGGCCAUUGGUGGAUUUCUCUUGGGUGGUGGCUAUGGAAUUGGGUUUCCCAAAUACGGCAUGGGAUCCACGUGGGUAUCGCAGGCCCGUGUCGUUUUGCCCGAUGGAAGUGUCGUCACGGCAUCCUCCUCCCAUGAGAAAAGUGAUCCCAAACAAGCCGCCAUUUUGCAUCUCAUUCGAGGUGCCUACACCGCGUUCCCAGGUGUGAUUACCAGUUAUACACUGGGACCCUCGCUGCCUACAAAACCCAAAGGAGUCAUGAGUGGCACUCUGUUUUACAAACUCACCGACUGGCCAAAGGCAUUCGACUUGGCCAAAACAAUCCACAAGGAUGGCAAUGAUGCGAUUGAAAUCACGAGUGUCAUGACCUAUGCACCUCCGGCUGUCCAAGAGGCUACUGGCGAGUCCAUGGUCACUCUGUUGGGACUCAUGAUUUGGGGUGACACACCAGAGGAAAGUUGGGAGUUGUGGAAGCGAUAUGGUAGCACAGCAGAAGGACUGCUGGUCCCACCGGAGGAAAUGCCGACACAACUAGAGGCGGAAAACGUACCUGCAUUCUUCAAAGACUUGUAUCCCUCCAGCACGCGAUAUCAAACGCAAGUCUUUAUGGGUGACAAGGCCUUUGAAACCCUGCAAGGAACAGAGGAAAUGGAAUCUCUGAUACAACCAUUGGUGGAUAUGUGGAUGUCGGAUGACAAGCCGCCAGCACCAUCCCAUACGUUACUUGUGUGUGUUCAUCCCAACCUCAAAUCCAAGGUUCAUGGCAACCAGGAAUUGGCGUUGGGGUACACUCCCGACAUGGGGAUUCAAACCUACGCCAUGUACACGGAUGCUGGCCAAGACGACACAAUCAAGGAACAACUCGACAAGGCACAUGCCAAGUUUGUGGAAUGCGAUAAGUUUCACACAUCCUUGGUCGAAGGAGAAACAAAGCGGCAUGGCUAUGAAAGUGGUUUUGCUUGCCAUGAGGCCUUUCUCAAGACACGACAAUGCAUACAAUUGCUCGACCCUGAUGGAGUGUUUGCUGGAUGCCCCAAGUAG